AUGGUGGGUGGUAUCAUUUACCUGGGAGUCUAUAACAAAACUUCAAAUUGGGCAUGGAGGGCGGGCCUAAUGGCCGACAUUGUAGGGCCCGCUAUUGCCUUAUUAAUACUGCCUUUUGCACCAGAAAGCAUUCGUUGGCUAGUAGCCAAGGAUCGGGCAGAUGAGGCCUUUGAGGUUCUCAUUAAGAUCAGUCAGAGGAACAGAAAUGAUCCCGAGAUUCUGGCAGAAUUUCAGCAGAUCAAACAGACGGUCGAACUUGAGGUUCAGAUGAGGCAAAGAGAUUCUUGGAAAUCUCUUGUAUCUCCUGUGAUUGGAACAACGGUAAUAGCUGCAUCGUUCGCUACCCUUGCCAUUCUACAGCAACGAAUUGAGACUACAAAAGAUUCCGCAGUCGCGAAAGGGGCCGUAGCCGUAUGCUUCAUCUUCUACUGGGCAGCUUUUUCGUCUUGGAUGCUAUUAAACUAUUCGUACCCUCCGGAGAUUCUCAAGUACACCCAAAGAGCUCGCGGCGUUGGCGUCGGUCAGGCCCUUGGCUACCUUAUCGGAGCAGGCAUGAGCUAUGCUAUUCCCCUCGCUAUCCAAAACAUCUCAUGGAGGUACUACAUCAUCAACUGUCUCUGGAAUGUGCCCAUUUUCGUCGUCAUAUGGUGGUUGUUCCCUGAAACGAAGGGCAAAACUCUGGAAGAAAUCGAAUCUAUCUUCGACAGCUCAACCGCCGAACCCUCGAAACAAGUCAUUGAGGUAGUGGAUGAUCCUUCCAUGGAAGACGGUUAUCAAGGGGUGAGAUCAAAAGCUUCAAAGGAUUCUCAGGGAUGA